AUGUCACGUGACUACCUCCCUGCCUUCUGCGCCGAAGAGUGCAUCGAAAUCUCGUGAUGGUGGAGGUGGCACGUGCUUCCCUUCACACGUUUAAUGAGCCCGUCUCCUUCUCUUCCUUGGUAUACGCACACACGCCUAGUUCGUGCCAAGCCUUUGCUUCACACACUCCUCUUUCUCCCAGACACGCUCGAGCGCUACACACGCGUGAAAGCCUCGUCUUCCAAUUCUCACGCUGCACGCUCCUUCACGCGCCUUCUCUAUCUCACGGCCAGAUCCGCCCUUUUUCACCCGCCGGAGAUCUACCGUCUUCUUCUCCUCUCUCUUGGUUUCGCUGACGGCGACAGACUGGGAAUCCUUUGAUCGGAAGCUCCAUUUCUAGGGGUUUUUAGUAUUUCUCGACGAUUGGCCGUGAGGAGGCUUGUGAUUGUUGACAGAAUUGCGCUAGAAACAUACUCACCGAGGUAGAUGGAUGAUAUAUGAUUAGGAAGGUAGACUGAGAGCAGCUUAUGCACGUCGAGAGAUUGAAGAUCAAUUUCGUUGGAUACUAAAGUUGUCCUCACUUUUCUGACUAACUGUAAGCAAUAAACAAGGAAAAAUCAUAGAAUAUUUGGCUGCAUUGUCCAGAAGGAUUACACGUGGAGUGUUAAAACCAGAGAAGUAAAGAUGGAACAUUUCAUCAGAAGAAGGCAAUAACGUUCUUAAACUAAUAGAGCCCUGGGUGGUUGGGUUAUAAGAGGAGUUAUGGCAACGGAUAUGCAGAAACUGCUUGGAACUAGUGAAGAGGAUGAUGAUGAAGAAAUGGAUAUGGAUGUGAAGGAAGAAGAUGAUGGAGACCGACGAAAUAGAGACACACGCGCUGCUUCAGGCAGUAGUAAUGAUGAGUUUAUGUUUCAGCAGUCAAUGCAAGAUCAAGUGGGCACUCCUGGGGGAGGAGGAAGUCGCAGAAGUAGACCGCUUGAAGAGAAGGAGCGAACUAAGUUAAGAGAGCGCCAUCGAAGGGCUAUUACUGCAAGGAUACUAGGCGGGUUACGAAGGCAUGGGAAUUAUAAUCUCAGAGUUAGAGCUGAUAUUAACGAUGUUAUCGCGGCUUUGGCAAGGGAAGCUGGAUGGGUUGUUCUUCCUGAUGGAACUACUUUUCCAGCCAAAUCUCAGGGGACAAAGCCUACUGGUGGUUCUUCUGCGGUUGCUGCAGGUUCAUCAGCUUCUCACAUUGCGUCACAGCAAACCUCUACUCCUGCUCUUAGAGUGGUAUCAUCUGGGCGUAGAAGCCCAGUGGAACUCAGCGCUUGCCGUAUGAAAGGUGUUUUCACACCCGCUUCAUCGCCAUACGAUAAAUUCCCAACUCAAUCUCCAGAACUGGUUGGUAGUGUCAAUAAGGCUGAGGGGCUUGUUGGUUGUUCAGUUGAUGUUAUCAACUCUAAACAGAUUCUCGAUAUUCCUCCAAAUCUGACAGAGCAAGAUUUCUCUGGCACUCCUUAUGUUCCGGUUUAUGUGAUGUUACCACUUGGGGUUAUCAAUAUGAAGUGUGAAUUGGCUGAUCGAGAUGGACUGGUAAAGCACUUAAGAAUAUUGAAAUCAAUCCAUGUCGAUGGGGUUAAAGUGGAUUGUUGGUGGGGAAUAGUUGAGGCUCAUUCCCCCCAGGAGUAUAAUUGGACUGGUUAUAGGCAGCUUUUUCAGAUGGUCCGCGAUCUUAAUCUUAAGAUACAGGUUCUAAUGUCCUUUCAUGAAUGUGGAGGCAAUGUUGGUGAUGAUGUUUGCAUCCCACUUCCUCACUGGGUGGCAGAAAUAGGGCGAACCAAUCCUGACAUAUAUUUCACUGAUAGAGAGGGAAGACGAAACCCUGAAUGCCUUUCUUGGGGUAUUGACAAGGAACGUAUUUUAAGAGGCAGGACUGCACUUGAGGUGUACUUUGAUUACAUGAGAAGUUUUCGGAUAGAACUUGCAGAGUUUCUAGAGGAUGGUGUAAUAUCUAUGGUUGAAAUUGGACUAGGCCCCUGUGGAGAGUUACGGUAUCCUUCUUGUCCCAUAAAACACGGGUGGCGAUACCCAGGUGUUGGAGAGUUUCAGUGUUAUGACAAGUAUCUCUCGAAGAGCCUGAGAAAGGCAGCAGAAUCAAGGGGGCACCUGUUUUGGGCUCGAGGCCCAGAUAACACCGGCUCCUACAAUUCCCAGCCACAGGGAACCGGUUUCUUCUGUGAUGGAGGUGACUACGAUGGCCUCUAUGGAAGAUUCUUUCUCAAAUGGUAUUCACAGGUUUUGAUAGAUCAUGCUGACCAAAUCCUCUCUCUCGCUAAACUAGUCUUCGACAGUAGUUGCAUUGCAGCAAAGCUCCCAGACGUCCACUGGUGGUACAGAACAGCAAGCCAUGCCGCUGAGCUAACCGCUGGAUUCUACAACCCGAGCAACCGAGAUGGUUAUGCUGCAAUUGCAUCUACUCUCAAGAAGCAUGGUGCCACUCUAAGUUUUGUAUCCGGAGAAGUGCAAGUUCUAAACCGUCCAGAUGAUUUCUCAGGAGCAUUAGGAGAACCUGAGGCAGUAGCCUGGCAGGUGUUAAACGCUGCUUGGGACAGCGAUACACCGGUUGCUCGAGAGAACUCGCUUCCUUGCCAUGAUAGAGUUGGGUAUAACAAAAUGUUAGAAAGCGUUAAGUUUCGGAACGAUCCAGAUAGAAGGCAUUUGUCAUCAUUUGCCUAUAGUAGACUCGUCCCAGCUCUCAUGGAAGAACAUAACAUUGUCGAAUUUGAGCGGUUUGUGAAGAAAUUGCAUGGUAACUAAAAUCGGAAU